GGCGGGAUGGUGGUCUUCCUCGGGAGGAACCUGCCUUCGCUCUUGGCGCUCUUCAAGAAGAAGGGGGCUGCGAAGGCAGAGAAGGAGAAGCGUCUGAGCGUCCAGUACAAGGCAGGAGAUGAGCGGACCGACAAUGCAUUCUUUUCCGCCAGCCGGCCCCCCCACCUCGAGGAGCUGCACAUUCAGGCCCAGGCUGGACUCAAGUCCUUGCAGAACCAAGAGAAGCAGAAGCAGACCAAAAGAGCUUGGGACCACAGUGACACCAGCAGCCUGCAGUCCCGCUCAUCGGCAGAAGGGGACAAUGUCUCGAUCCGAAGCCAGACCCUGUCGUGCACGACAGAGACGACCUCCGAGGAUGCCCUUUCGAUCCGCUCAGAGAUGAUCCAGCGGAAAGGUUCCACCUUCCGGCCGCACGACUCGUUCCCCAAAUCCUCCACAAAGGGGGAGAGAAGGAAGAGGGAGAGGAGGACCACCGUCCUGGGCCUCCCCACCCAUGUGCAGACGGAGCUGGGCCUGAGCAACGGGUACGACGCCAAGAAAUGUCCCGGCAGAAUGGGGGUCAGGGUCAGCCCCAGUCCUCCGGUCCUGGUGAACGGCGGCAAGGGCCCCGAGAACACCAUCCACAUCCCCACCGUUGACGGGAAGAUGGAGCCCGACGCGGUGCCGGAGGGCGGUGCCCGGGUCUCACUGCCGGUGCUGGAGGUCGAGGCAGCCGAUUCGGCCCUCCAGGGCCACAUCGACCGCGUCUACUACGACGACUCGCUCUUGGGGCGCAAGACGGCUGACAAGCUGUCCCCCUUGGCCAGGCCAAAGUCCCUGGCCGUCCCCUGGAUGACCACUCGGCCCGCCUCCCCGGACCUGCUGAGCCCUGUCAUGUCUAUCUCACCCCAGGGCACCUACAUGUCCAAGAUCAUCCCCAACGCCAUCUUGCUGCCCCUGGUGGACGUCAUCGUGCUCUCCCGCGACCGGGUGCGCACCCUCAGCCGCUGCAGCCUCUCGACCGCCAGCCCCUCGCCCUCGGUGCGCUCGGUGGGGCGCUUCCCCGCCCUGCCCCGCAGCCGGGAGCACUCCUCCUCCAGCGACAACUGGAGCCACUCCCAGUCGACGGAGACCAUCGUCUCCAACACCUCCACCCUCUCCUCCCACGGGGGCAGCCGGAAGGGCGGAGCGGGGCCCGAUGGACAGGGCCCAGUGGGGCACGGCCCCGAACCCGACCAGCUCAGCACCUACAGCUCCAGGAGUGGCGCCCGCUGGGUCGCGGCCAAGGCAGCCCCGGCCUCCCCCAACCUCUUGGGAGCGCUGCCUCCAGGGAAUGGCAGCGGCCGAACUUCCCCCGCGUGCAGCACUGGCAGCGCGGCCGACGGCUCGGAUAGCCUGAGCGUGCGGAGCGACCGCUCCUCCUCAGCCCGGAGCGUCUCCCUCCGGAAAAUGAAGAAACCCCCCGCCCCGCCCCGGAGAACCUACUCCUUGCACCAGAAGGCCCAGCAGCUGGAGGCUGAGGGGGCCCCCAAAGCCGUGGUGGGCCUGCCCCCGAAGCCCGGCCGCCGGCCCCAGCGGGAAGGGGCCGAGCUACGGGGCCCGGUGCGGCGAGGGAGCCCCUCCUCGGCCAUCGAGGACGACGUCUUCUCCCCCCUGCCGUCGUCUCAGAGCGAGCCCGGCAGCCUGGCCUGCUCUCCGGAGCGCUCCCCCCCGAGCCCCAUCACCGUGGCCAAGCUCCACGGGGCGGAGGGCCUGGCCCUCCCCGAGGCCCAGGAGGUCUCCUCCAAGCACAGCUCCCCGGAUCGCUUCGGCCGCACCAUGUCGCCCUCCAGCGGGUACUCCAGCCAGAGCGGCACGCCCACCCUCCAUGCCAAGAGCCCCGCGGCCCACGCUUCGCCGCCGGAGAAGACGACGACGAGGGCCCAGCCAAAGAAGCCGGAGCGGGUUUGCUCCCUGCAGUCCCCGGGGCUCUCCGUCUCUUCCUCCUUGACCUCCCUCUCAUCGUCGGCCUCGGAUCCGGCCCCGGCGGAGGGGGUUGCCCUUCCUCCAGCUGGCGCCCCUUCGGGCCCUCCGCCGGGGCCGAGCAAAACAGACCGGUUUGUCAUCCCGCCCCACCCCAAGGUCCCGGCGCCAUCCUGCCUGCCGCCCACCGAGAGCCAACCUGCUGAGCCCAGGAGGGGGAACGGCACCACCACAGCCUCGCACGCCCCCGACCAGACUGACGCAGAGCCCCCUGGGGCCCUCGUGAAGCCUGGCCAAGUGGUGUCGCCUCCUCCAUCACCACCCCCCGCCUACCACCCACCACCGCCCCCAGCAAAGAAGGCCGAGGGCAGCCUCGCGCCCCCCGCCGUGGCCGCCCCUGCCUCUUCGGGGAUGGACGCGGAGGUGCCGUCGGAUUCUCUGUGGCCCCCUCCACCCCCGCCGGUCCCGGACGCACACGAUCUCUCCAUGGCAGACUUUCCACCCCCUGAUGAAGCCUUUUUCUCACUGCCGGCACCAGGAUCACCGUCGGUUGCCGUGGAAAUCCCCGCGGCUGCCGAAGCCCCCAAGGGGACCUCUCCCCCUCCUGCGGAGGAGCCGCUUGCCACCCGCAAAGCCACCCCUGCGGAGGAGGACGCAGCCCCCGCCAUGUCCCCUUCCUUCUCCAUGAUGGUCUCCUGCAAGAUCCAGCAGCAGAGCACCCCGAAUGCCACCCCGCUGCCAGCUCCCACCAUCGAGCGACCACCUCCCCUUGCGCCGACGGGGAGGCCACCCAGCGCGGUCCCUGUCGCCCCCCGGAAGGCUCACGAACCAGCGCCGGCCACCCUCUCGUCUUCUGGCCCCCAAGCCCCACUGGGCCACAAGAAGCCGGCCAACGGCCUCCCGAAGGAGCCGCCGCCAUCCGCCCGCGGCAAGAGCAACCCCAUGCCAAAGGAAGACGCCAACCUCCCCAUCGUCACCCCUUCCUUGCUCCAGAUGGUACGCCUGCGCUCAGUCCACGUGGAUGCCCACGGCACUGCGGCCGGACCUGGAGUGGCCCAAGUCACCGCUGAGCCAAACGGACCCGACUCGGGGGCCGAUGGGAAGCCGGGGCAGCCACCGCCCCCCCAGAAACCAAUCCGGAAGUCGCUCUCCUUGAGGGUGCCCCACACCAGUUCCAAAGAAGCCAGCUCCCCGAACCCGCUGCACCACGCCGUGCGCUUGAAGGCCUCCACCUUGUCCUCGAGGGACGCCGCUGGCCUCGGGGUGGCGGAGAGGAAGGCGGGCCACCGGAUGACGUUGCCGGCUUUCUCUGCCACUACGCCGAUGGCUUCCCUGGCAGGGGAGGCCAAGGAUGGCCGAGCAUCGUCCCCCCUCCUCAAGUCACCGGCGUCAACGGCCAGUUUCAUCUUUGCCAAGAGCCCCAAGAAGCUGGUCAUCGAGACGCCGUCCUCUCCGGAGGCCCAGGCCAGCCUGAAGAAGAACCUGGUGGCCGAACUCAUGAAUGUCUCAGGCCAGCGGUCGCUGGCAGCCCCCGGGCCUCCCCUGCAGGGCGCUGGGAAGCCCCCAGCCCAGAAGCCCCCGAAGGUGCCCCCGCCCAUCGCCAAGAAGCCUUCGCUCGGACUGGGCUCCCUGCAGGGGCCCUGGAGCCCCCCGCUGCCACCAGGUGCCCAGGAGCCGAGCUCCCCGUUGCCAGCAACCGGGGACAGGACUAAGAGCGAGGGGUCUGCAGGAGCAAGGAACGAUGACGGCCCCACUUCCACACUGGAGAUGGCCCCGCAGAGCCCCCCGGCACAAGACUUACGAGAGGAGACGGCGUGAAGGAAGACCCUGUGGCCAGUAAAGCGACCCCCGAGGAAGAGCGGUUCCGAAAGGGAGCAGCGCUGCCUAAGAGCGCCGUGUGCUAGAAGGUCUUAACCGAAUCGUUUGCAGGUGCCUUAAAAAAACACGGCUGUCCAGGCAGGUGGAGCCUCCCCGACCGUACGUACGUAGCUCUUCACUGCCAACACGACCUCACUGUGGACCAGUGAAGCCUGCGCCAAGACAUUCCAGGUGGGGAGCCCCCCCCCCCAGAAAAGCUGGGAAGGGGAAACAGACUGCACAACGCACUGGUGUCCCUUAUCGCCACGAUAGGGCAGACGGUGCUGCGGCGCUCAUUCUUCUCCCUCGUCAGCAACAAAUUCCAAACGAUGGACGUUCGUGUAAUUCUGGCCUUCGCCGUUGCCUUUCCUCGGGUGGUGCAUUUGGAAUUCCUUGGGGGUACACGGAGAGGCAUCGAAGCGGCCCCUCCUGAGCCAGUAGCAAGGAGUAGGUAGGGAAGGAAACAGGAGGUCCAUCUUUUGUUAGAAGCAGGGGAGACGGUGGGGCCCAAACCCCACUCUGACUGUAGCUUUUGAGAUAAUGUGGGCAUUAUGGUGGCAGUACGCCAGCCUGGGCAGUGCAGAUUCAUCCUCUUGGUCUUGAAACAGUGAGUAAAAUCUGCAGAAACUGGUCGGGCGGCCCUCCGGGGUUGCCUUCUCACCUCAGA